AUGGUGGCGGCCAGGAGAGCGCCUGUCCCCCGGCUCGGAGCCCUCCUCCUGCCCGGGAUAGUCCUCGGAGCCUGCCUGCUGCGGCCCGGCGCCGGCAAACCAGAGGAGUCCUGUCCACGGAGCUUGGACUGCACGCUGCAGAGAAGGGAGUUCUGCCCCCCUGGUUCCCAUGCCUGCGGCCCCUGCCUCCCACAGUUUGUGGAAGAUGAACACGGAAGAUGCGUCCAGAGGAAGUGGUCCUCCACUGGGAGAACUUCUGUUCCCAACCUAGAGGAAGAAAUCGACUUCUUAGCUGACGUGCUGGCCAGGCAGGAUGCCGCUCGCCUCCAUCUGCUCCAGGAUGCCACCCAGGCCCCGUCAGGGAAGCAUCCUGAAGCUGCUGGGGUGAGAGGGGAGUCCCCCAAGAGGAACGGAGCGAGCCACAGGGCUGUGACAUCUCAUCCCACCGCUCCCACCAAGACAGUGAAGAGUUCUCCGGUGGAGGUGUUCCAUGUCACUUCAAAUGACCUCCUGAUACUCGGGAUGAUCGUGGUGUUCUCUGUCGCCGGCAUCGUUGCUUUAAUCGUGGCUGCGAUCUGCUGGUGCAGGCUGCAGAAGGAAAUCAGACUAGCUCAGAAAACCGACUACCCAGCUCAGAAGCUACCUGGCCCCCUGCCAUACGACAAGGUCUCGCCCGGGGAUCAGACGCUGGCUCAGAGCGCCCAGAUGUAUCACUACCAACACCAGAAACAGCAGAUGCUCUCCAUGGAAAAGCAUAAAGAGGAGCCCAAACUGCCUGACUCGGCAUCCUCCGACGAGGAGAAUGAAGACGGUGAUUUCACGGUGUACGAGUGCCCAGGGCUGGCUCCUACUGGAGAAAUGGAAGUGAAGAACCCCCUCUUUGACGACUCGACCUUACCCCCUCCGGGCCCCAAGUCACACCAGUAA